CGGUAGCGCCCGGAUUUGUGACGUACGGGACGUCGUGACGUCGCAGCGACCGGGUAUGGCGGCCUCAGCUUCCUGGUGAUUGCAGCUGCCGGGAAAAGGAGGGGGGGAAGUAGUUGUGGCGCUUCCCGGUGUGCGCCCGGCGGAGGAGAGGAGCGAGAAUGGCGGACUUUGAUGAGAUUUAUGAAGAGGAGGAAGAAGAUGAAGAGCGGGCCCUGGAGGAGCAGCUUCUCAAGUAUUCUCCUGACCCGGUGGUGGUCCGAGGAUGCGGGCACGUCACAGUAUUUGGUCUUAGCAACAAAUUUGAAGCAGAGUUUCCAUCCUCUUUAACUGGCAAGGUAGCCCCAGAGGAAUUUAAAUCCAGCAUUAACAGAGUCAACAGUUGUCUUAAGAAGAACCUUCCAAUUAAUGUCCGCUGGCUGCUGUGUGGAUGUCUUUGUUGUUGUUGCACAUUAGGAUGCAGCAUGUGGCCAGUUGUGUGUCUUAGUAAAAGAACACGAAGAUCGAUUGAGAAGUUAUUGGAAUGGGAAAACAAUAGGUUAUACCACAAGCUGUGCUUGCACUGGAGACUAAGCAAAAGGAAAUGUGAAACCAAUAACAUGAUGGAAUAUGUCAUCUUAAUAGAAUUUUUACCAAAGACACCAAUUUUUCGACCAGAUUAGCAGUUUUUUUUGUUUUUUUUCCUUUUUAUCCUAGUGUUAUGGUUUAUAUAUAUAUUUUUUUUGUUCUAAGGACUUACUCGAAAAUCCCAUAUUUCCAAUGGUGCCUUUCUUGGUUCUUCCCCAUUGGUGACAUAGCAGUGAGUCAUGUGUGUGUGUUUUUUUUUUUUUUCUUUUUUUGUAAUUCUUUUUAAUGGAAGGAGCGCGAACGCAUCUCACAAAAUAUACAUUUUGUCCGUGACUUGAAAUUAUUUACUUUUGCUUUGUGAUAUUUAUGUUGCCCGUUUCGUUAUCCCCAAUGUAUCACUGUUUUGGAACCAAGAUAUAACUGCACCAUUAGGAAUUUUUUCUUUGCCUGGGAAGAUCAUCCUGUCAGCUGGUUCUGAAAAGGAUGUGCUGAAAACAUUGGAGCCAGUGGACAUUCUUCAUGGUUAUAGAAAAUACCUGUGCAAAAUGUGUGUUGCAUUUCGCUGGAGCUCAGGACCAUAUGGUUGUGCUACCAUAACACUUUAGUGCUCGUUUUGAGUUGGGUAACUUUCCAAACGACAAAUUUGUUUACUUACGAAAAGUUGGUAUCUUCUUGCUGCUUUUUUGUCCUCACCCACUAGUUGGCUGCAUCUCUCUUUACAUGGCAUACAGACAUUGAAUACAUCAUCACUAAAAAAAAAUUGGAUUACGUUGCUUGACAGCGGAACCAGAACCCACUCAAUCCUUAAACUGUUCCUUGUGGCACAAUAAACCAAAUACACUAUCCCUAAUAAUCAAAUCUUUUAAAAUAUAAAAUAGCACAAUGAAUUUACUGUGGUGUCAUCUUAAGUAUGCUGUAUUCUCAGACUAGUUGUUAAACUGUGGUAUAUGAUAUGUAGCAUUUCAAACACAGAUGCUCUAUUUAAAACUAUACUGGCAAAAUGUUUGUUACCACUAUAAGAUCGCUUUCAUUUUGCUCCUUCUAGGGUAUGAUGGGUUGCAAUUCCUAAUUCGCCUUGCAGAUAUAUACAUGCAUCUGCCUAUUAUAGUGAUAAUUUUGCUUUCAUUUCCCCCCUUCUGUUUUUACAUAUAGUUACAUUUUUGGUUAUUGGUUUAUUCUUUUCAAUUUCAAUUAAGUCGAAUUAUUUUCACUAUUAAAGGAUGUAUAGCCAGUACUAACACAAUGUGGGUAUAAUUUAAUUGUGUAGAGAAAAAAAAAUAUUUAACAUAUCUGGUAUAGCUUUUUCCUCCGUUUACAUCUUCUUCUUUUUUUUUUUUUUUUUUCUAAAAUGUGCAUAACUGAUGCUGGCAAAAGGAGUGCACUGAGUUAUAAUUAAGAAAAAUCAGUUGUAUAAACACUCAAAUGUCCAUAUGUUUUGCUGUAAGAUGCUUGGCCUAGUUAUGUUUUGUCAUCCUAUUUGUACAUUAUUAAAAUGGGAGAAUUAUGAAUGAG